CCCCUCCAACGUAAUGCUCCGCUAAAGUCGAACUAAAGUCGAACAACAAAGACCAUUUCAGGCGUCCGUCCAUUCCCUUGCCGCAGUGCAGAGCAUCGCAUGGCCGCCCCAACCGCCCAUCAGACCCAUUCGCGGCCGCUCGAAGGCCGGGUGGCCAUUGUCACGGGAUCCUCUCGCGGGAUAGGCCGGGCCAUUGCCCUCCAUUUGGCCUCCCUCGGGGCCAAGCUCGUCGUCAACUACACCUCCGCCUCCAGCGCCGCUGAGGCCGACGCCGUAGCCGCCCAGAUCAACUCUUCCUCCCCUGGCUCAGCCAUCGUAGUCCGAGCCGACGUGUCUGAGCCAAGCCAAGUCCAGUCCCUCUUCGACGCGGCAGAGCAGGCCUUCGCUUCCCCGGUCCACAUUCUGGUCAACUCCGCGGGCGUGGCGAACCCUAGUCGAUCUUCCAUUGCCGAGACCUCGAUCGAGACCUUCGAUAGAAUUUUCAGCGUCAACGCGAGGGGAGCAUUCCUCUGCUGCAGAGAGGCGGCGAAUCGGAUCAAGCAGGGCGGAGGGGGCCGAAUCAUUCUUCUGUCGUCCUCGACGGUGGCGACGAUGAAGCCCAAUGCCGGAGCCUAUGCAGCUUCGAAGGCUGCAGUUGAGACUACGGUCAAGAUACUUGCCAAGGAGCUGAGGGAGACUCGGAUCACGGCCAACUGCAUUGCCCCCGGCCCCACUGCAACCGACAUGUUCCUCGCGAUGCCAAAAGAGAUUAUCAAGAGGGCAAUCGAAGAUUGCCCGCAUGGUCGGCUUGCAGAAACCUAUGACAUCGACAGGGUGGUCGGGUUUCUGGCAUCGGAUGCCAGUGAAUGGAUCAAUGGGCAGGUCAUUGGGGUCAAUGGGGGAAUUGUAUGAGGAACUGAUUGCCCUGUGAUGUUAUUGUUUGUAACAAUUAUUCUGAACUGCUGAAUAGCAAAAGAGGGGAAAAAGUUUCCCAUUCACUUGAAAAUAAAUGAAACUGCUAUCCGAAGUUCGAUCCCUUC